CGCGGAACGGAGGCCCCGCCCUGAGCUGUUGAAGCGUUAUGGCCGCUGGCUCGGAGACGGGGACUGAAACGGAGACGGAAGCCGAGACUCUGGAGUCCACCAGCGGAGUGUCAGGGAGUAGGCGAAGGAGUCAGAUGGGGCAGUUCUAGAGCUCAGGGGAGAAACUGGGCCUGGAUAUCGAGGGAUCUAGGCAUCAUUUGCACUGAGAAGAUGACAGAACCUGGAAAGCUGGUGAGAUCACCAGGUGGUAGCACAGAGAUGCCCCAUUCCCCUCGUGUUCGGGUGCCUGUGGUGGACGUGCAGGUGGACAACUUCAAGGACAUAUGGCCUUCUAUCCUCCUGGCAAUCAAGACAGCCAGCUUCAUAGCUGUGGACACGGAGCUGAGUGGUCUUGGGGAAAGGAGGAAUUUGCUGAAUCAUUGCAUUGAAGAGCGAUAUAAAGCCGUGUCCCGUGCAGCCCGAACACGUUCUGUCCUCUCCCUGGGCCUGGCCUGCUUCAAGCGCCAGAGGAACAAGAGUGAGCACAGUUACCUGGUGCAAGUGUUCAACCUCACUCUGCUGUGCAUGCAAGAGUACAUCAUCGAACCUCAGUCGGUGCAGUUCCUGGUGCAGCACGGCUUUGAUUUCAACCGCCAGUACACUCAGGGCAUCCCCUACCACAAAGGCGAUGACAAGGGGGACGAGAGCCGAAGCCAAGGGGUCCGCAUGCUGUUCCUGGAGCUGAUCCGUGCCCGCCGGCCGCUGGUGCUGCACAACGGGCUGAUCGACCUGGCCUUCCUCUAUCAGAGCUUUUAUGCCCACCUGCCAGACAGGCUGGUCACUUUCACUGCUGACCUCUUUGAGAUGUUUCCAGCUGGGAUCUAUGAUACCAAGUAUGCUGCUGAGUUCCACGCCCGCUUUGUGGCCUCCUACUUGGAAUAUGCCUACAGGAAGUGCGAACGGGAGAAUGGGAAGCGGCGGGCAGCGGGCACUCCCCACUUGGUCCUGGAGUUCUGCACCUAUCCAGCCAGCAUGGACUCCCACAUCGACUACCGCUCCUGCCCCAUGCCUGAGGCCCGUGUCCCGCUGAGCCCCAACCUCUCCUCCUCCAGCAUCUGUGACACUUUCUCUGCCUAUGGCUGGUGUCCCCUGGGGCUACAGUGCCCUCAGUCCCAUGAUGUCGACCUCAUCAUCAGCACAGACGAGGCCAUGGAGGACAGAAGAAAGCGGCGGGGGGGCCGGCGGAGGAAGAGGUGGAAGGGACUGCCAGGCCAGACUGGGCCUGUGCCUGGGGACGGGCCCACCCCCCAAAAACAGACAUGUAGGGAGAGCCAUGGGGCUGAAGUGGAGGAUGGGGCCAACCCCUUAGAGAGUGAGGCCGAGGAGAUAUCCUUGUCUGGCCCAGAGCCAUGCUCCAGUGAGGACUUGGAGCCGGAGCCGGAACCAGAGCCGGAGCUCGAGCUGGACCUAGAGCCAGGACAAGGUGCUGGGCAGAGCUCUGGGGCUCCGGGGGCCGGGCUGGGUGGUGGGCUACACCGCGCUGGCUUCGAUGCGUUCAUGACAGGCUAUGUCAUGGCAUAUAUGGGGCUGAGUGGGGGUUCACAGCCCUACAGCGAGGACCCUUGGUUACCAGAAUGUCACAAUAAGGUGUAUCUGAGUGGCAAGUCUGUGCCCCUGCCCAUAGCCAAGAGCCACUUCUCCAGGACCUCCAAAGCCCACAGUGAGAAGAUGAAGCUGGCCUGGGGCAGCAGCUAAGCCGGUCUCCCUCCUGCCCAGCUCCCAGGCCCUCAGGGAGCAGUGUUGGGGGGAGGCUGGGCCCCUGGGCUUCCUCUUCUCUGACUUGCCCUGGUACCACCCCACACCUGGAAGAGGGUUGUGUUUGGGGCCUGGGUCAGGACCAUUAAGGCCUGAGGUGACAGAGGCUUGGGGCCUAUGCUGGUCAACUCAAGUGAGGAAAGCAGGACUCCUGUGGACAGCACCCCCUUCCCAGGGCGCAGGAAAGCCAAGUCUGACCAGCCACCUGCAACUCUUUUAAUUUG